CAUUUCUGAACAUAAAUCAGUGAACUGAAGCACAUUUAUCUGCAACAAUAAUGAUCUACAAAGCAAGUGUUAUAUUUUUAUCUACAUUAGCUAUAACAUUAGCGCAAGAUGAAAUAAGCAAUAAAAAGUUUCCAGAAAAUUUUAUGUUUGGAACAGCUACAGCUGCAUACCAAGUUGAAGGUGGAUGGAACGAAGAUGGGAAAGGAGAAAAUAUUUGGGAUUACCUCACCCAUUCAAACCCCAACCCAAUAGCUGAUGGAAGUACUGCCGACAUAUCAUGUGAUUCUUACCACAAGUAUAAAGAAGAUGUAGCCAUGUUGAAAGAGUUAGGUGUUGACCACUACAGAUUUUCAAUUUCUUGGUCGAGAGUUCUUCCAAAUGGCACCGCCGAUAAAAUAAACUUGGCAGGAGUGACUUACUACAAAAACCUGAUUAAAGAACUAAAAAGCAACAAUAUAGAACCCCUGAUAACCUUGUACCACUGGGACUUACCUCAGGUUCUCCAAGAGCAAGGAGGGUGGACCGACGAAUUUAUAAUUGAUGCAUUUGCAGAUUAUGCAAAAGUCUGCUUCGAACUUUUUGGAGAGGAUGUGAAAUAUUGGCUGACGUUCAACGAACCUAAGCAAACUUGUUUGUAUGGAUAUGAUUAUGGUUCCAUAGCACCGAAAAUCUAUUCUCCCGGUGUAGGAGGCUAUAAGUGUACCCACAACUUGCUCAGAGCACACGCUAAGGCUUGGCAUAUCUAUGAUCAAGAAUUUAGAGCCCAGCAAAAUGGAAAGGUAUCUAUUACUAUUGAUACACCCUGGUUUGAACCGGAUUCAGAUAGUGAAGGCGAUCAGGAAGCUGCAGAGAGACAAAUACAAUUUACUUUUGGAUGGUUUGCCAAUCCUAUCUUCAACGGCGACUACCCUGAAGUGAUGAAAACUCGUGUGGCAGCACGAAGUGCAGCUGAGGGUUUAAACCAAUCCCGUCUUCCGGAAUUCACCGAUGAAGAGAUAACCUACAUAUUGGGCACGCAUGACUAUCUAGGUCUCAAUAUGUAUUCUUCGUACAUGGUUAAAGAAGCUGCAGAACCGGAAAUAGGAGACCCAAGUUACGACAAUGACAUUGGGAUCAGUAUCUACCAGUCAGAUGACUGGGAAACGGGUGCAUCAUCGUGGCUUAACGUUACUCCAUGGGGAAUAAGGAGACUAUUAAACUGGUUAAAGAAAACAUAUAAUACACCUAUUUUCAUUACGGAAAAUGGUUUUUCAGACAUCGACGGAAAAUUGAACGACGACAGGAGAAUCAAUUACUACAAGAACUAUAUAAGUAAUGUAAGAAAUGCUAUUGAAGACGGUGUUGAUGUACUGGGAUAUACUGCCUGGAGUUUGAUGGAUAAUUUCGAGUGGAUGCAAGGAUUCAAAGAAAAAUUUGGAUUGUACCAAGUGGACUUUGAUAGCCCUAACAGAACGCGAACACCAAAGGAUUCUGUUGCAUUCUUUAAAAAAGUUAUUGAAACACGCUGUUUGGUAGAUGUAUGUGAAGAAUAGACUUUGAACUGGAAUGUAUCCUAAAAAUAUUAAAGAUUAAUAAUAUAAUAGA